AUGCUACAUUUGAUGAAUAAUUUAGAAAGGCCUAACGCUUGCACAGAUAAAUUUUACAAGGUCAAGCCUAUUAUGGAUGCAGUGCUAAAGCGCUGUAAGGAAUUAGAAAUUGGACAAAAUAUUUCCAUAGACGAACAAAUGAUCCCAUUUACAGGAAAAAUAAACAUGUUUCCAAAUGGACUUGCCCACAAUUUUAUACCAUAUCAAGGUAGUACCACUGAAAUAAACAGAGACAACGUGAAAAAAUAUGGCCAGAGUAGUGCAAUUGUUUUAGAAUUACUAGAAAUCGCAAAGAAAGAAGGUCAUACAGUGUAUUUUGACAAUUAUUUCAACUCUUAUGCUCUUCUUCUGCGAUUAUUGGAAUUGAAAAUGUAUGCUGCUGGUACAGUUCGUAUGAAUAGGUUUUAUAAACCACAUUUUAUAUCUGAUAAAGAUAUAAAAAAGAAGAAAAGAGGCUAUUCCGAAGAUCUAGUUAGUCAGGAUGGCAUUAUCAUGGUAAAGUGGCUGGGCAACAAACCAGUUCAUAUGGCUUCCAACUUUGUUGGCACUGGAACAAUUGAUAAAGCAAAACGGUGGGAUAAGCAAAAAUCAGCAUAUAUCGAAAUUGAUAGACCUGAAGUUGUUAGGCAAUAUAACAGCAACAUGGGAGGAGUUGAUCUGCUCGAUAUUUGGAUAGAGUAUAAACAAGAUUGCAUCGAAGCUAAAAUUCAUAAAAAAGAUAUUAUGGAUUUGUUGGAACUUCGUAUGCACGUUUCCAAAAGUUUAAUUUAUAAGAACAAGCUUGUAAAUGUAAAGAAACGUGGUCGUCCUUCAAAAAGUGAAGGAGAAAUUACACCCGACAGAAAAAGAAAAUUUCGUUGCUGUGAGAAAAGACCAAUAAGAGAAAUUCAACACGAUAAUGUGGACCAUAUGCCCCAAAUCGAUGAUAAAAAAGAAGCAACACGAUGCAAGAUGCCAUUAUGCAAAGGAAGGACACAUUUUUAUUGUGACAAAUGUCGUGUCCAUUUGUGUUUAGUAAAAGAGAGGAAUUGUUUUGAAAGAUUUCACAGAAAAUAA